AUGGCAGGAAUACCUCAUCCAUAUUUUGACUGGGAUAAUAGUAUCCCAGACUUUCUUGCGCAACUUAGACUAGACUUGCAGAAUUGGGGAAUAGAUCCAAAUAAUAAUGCAGGAGGUCCUCCAACAGAAAGAGAUAAUGCAAUAGGACAUUUAAGAGCCUGUAUAAGAGGAAGGACUUUAGAAUGGUUCGAUGAUGAGAUUACUACAAAGCAGAAUUGGGAGCUAACUAACUUACUCGAUAAUACAGGGCAGGCUAACUUAGUUGCACAAUCAGGAAAUGCAAUAGUCAAGUUAAGAGCUGUAGAAGAUGCUUGGAAUGAAGACUGGCGUAUAGCAGAUGGCUGUCCUACUAAUGAUCCUGUAAAUGCACCAAAUGCUAAUGCUGGAAAUACAGUAGUUGUAGCUGGUAUUCGAUUUGGUCAAGCCAUAUGGUGGCUAAAAACUCAUUUCUCUACAGGAGACAUGACUAUAGAUGAAUUAUAUAGAAAAAUAUUACAAAUAAGUAGACAAGCCAGCUAUAGGCCUGAAGAAUUACAUAAAAAGUUUUUAGAUGCUCUUCCACUCCCAUGGCUUGAAAAAGCUGAGGAUAUUGAAAAGCAAAAAUCUGAUUUUCAAUCACAAAUGGCUCAGCAAGUAUCUACUCCACAAACUGUUGAACUGGUUAGACAGCUGAAAGGUGUAUUUAGUAAAGAAGAAUUUGACUCUGAUUAUCCUGUAAAAAAUUUUCAAAGACUCCAUUCACAGCAAAACAAUAACUCUGCUAAAUUUAAUAAGAUUGAAAAAGGACUUGAUGAAACUCGUGAUGCAUCUUAUUUUAAACCUUUUACACCUAUAAAUUUUCAAAACACACUUCCUGAUUCAGAUAAGAAAAAUGGAGAUAAUAAUGAGGAAGAAAAUAGGUGGUAUGAUCUACCAAAAGCUAACAAGCCAUCAGACUUCACAAUAAAAGGUAACUCCAAACAUAUCACCAAAUCAUUGGGAUGGUUUACAGAUGUGCCAAUCAAUAUAAAGGAUAAGAAUGGUAUGACAUGGAUUCGAAAAGUUCAAGGUAUUCUUGAUCCGAAUAAAAACCAAUUCAAAAUGAAGUUAUAUAGAAAGUCUUAUACUAUUCUAAUAUAUAGCAAGACCCUAGUGGCUAAGGAUCUGUCAAAAGAGGAUCAGGACCAACUUGAAGAGCAACUAUUAAAAACUGAAAGAUGGCUUGAUAUGAUAUUAAAUGCAGGUAAUAUUCUUGCAGAAAAAUGCUCACAACUUAUAGAAAAUAGAUUAGAUGCAUGA